CGUAGGCCUGGGCCGGCGGCGGGCAGGGCAGGGCAGGGCAGGGCGGGAGCGACAGUCGGCGAGGACUGGAGCCGAGCCUCACGGCCGCUCUGGCAGCAUGUAAACAACCUUUUGCCAAGAACCCAGGUCACCACUGAGAAGGGUGCCUUAAGGGAGAAGAAUAUCAGAGGACACCAAUGCCAGGCGUGUCUGGAAUAUUGCUCGGUACAGGCAGCAUGAGACAUUCUGUGCCAGCCUCUGUCUGUUACUGGCAAAGGCUGGGGCACUCCGGGUAGGAGGGUCCUGGGGCAGCCAGCACCGGGAGCAUCCCCCCCCCCCAAGAGAGCAUGGGACCAGCUAUGAACUCUUUACAGUGAACUCAGUUUUAGCUUAUGAAGGAAUUUUAAGUAAAAGUUACUUCUGUAUACUGACAUUGAGAAGCCUUUGGUGUGAAGUGCCAGCAAUUACUCUUGUCUACUGGAGUUAUCAGGAUUCUUCUGGCACCAAGGUGGACUCUUCUUGGUACAUCUGGCAAUACAGACCUUUAGGACAAAUUUACCUGCUGAAUGCUUGUAAAACCUUGGAAGCAGCCCACAUAGCCUCUUUUGCCAGUCACUCAGGGCUCGGAUGCUGUUCCUGAAGCCUUGUCCUGCCUCAUUGACCACAGCUCUAUCUGCACCAAGAAGACCUGGAAUUUCUGGGGUGCUCCUGUGGCCCUUUUCAUCUAUUGUUCUACACCACAGCUCUGUAUUCAGGCAGUUGGAUGGCAUGAACUUUGAGAUGGAGUUUGUCACCUGUGGGGGACUGGCUUCCUUUCCAAGACUUGUGCUGUUGGAAGGGACCAUCUGAAGACGUGUUUGUGUGUAUAAAGGAGGGCACCAGCCUGACCUGCAUCCUCCACCAUGUUCCUGUUGCUGCCUUUUGAUAGCUUGAUUGUCAACCUUCUGGGCAUCUCCCUGACUGUCCUCUUCACCCUGCUACUCGUUUUCAUCAUAGUCCCUGCCAUUUUUGGAGUCUCCUUUGGUAUCCGAAAGCUCUACAUGAAAACAUUGUUAAAGAUCUUUGCGUGGGCUACCUUGAGAAUGGAGAGAGGAGCCAAGGAGAAGAACCACCAGCUUUACAAGCCCUACACCAACGGAAUCAUUGCAAAAGAUCCCACUUCUCUGGAAGAAGAAAUCAAAGAAAUUCGUCGAAGUGGUAGUAACAAGGCUCUGGAUAAGACACCGGAGUUUGAGCUCUCUGAUAUUUUCUACUUUUGCCGGAAAGGAAUGGAGACUAUUAUGGAUGAUGAGGUGACAAAGAGAUUCUCUGCAGAGGAGUUGGAAUCCUGGAACUUGUUGAGCAGAACCAAUUAUAAUUUUCAAUAUAUAAGCCUACGACUUACCAUCCUCUGGGGGUUAGGUGUACUCAUUCGGUAUUGCUUCCUUCUACCACUCAGGAUUGCUCUGGCAUUCACAGGGAUUAGUCUCUUGGUAGUGGGUACUACCAUGGUUGGAUACUUGCCAAAUGGGAGGCUUAAGGAGUUUUUAAGUAAACAUGUCCACUUAAUGUGCUACCGGAUCUGUGUACGAGCCCUGACAGCCAUCAUUACCUACCACAACAGGAAAAACAGACCAAGAAAUGGUGGUAUCUGUGUGGCUAAUCAUACAUCUCCCAUUGAUGUGAUCAUCUUGGCCAGUGAUGGCUACUAUGCCAUGGUGGGGCAGAUACACGGGGGCCUUAUGGGUGUGAUUCAAAGAGCCAUGGUGAAAGCCUGCCCACAUGUUUGGUUUGAGCGUUCUGAAGUGAAAGAUCGCCACCUGGUGGCUAAGAGACUGACUGAGCACGUACAAGAUAAAAGUAAGCUGCCCAUCCUCAUCUUCCCAGAAGGAACCUGCAUCAAUAACACAUCAGUGAUGAUGUUCAAAAAGGGAAGCUUUGAAAUUGGAGCCACUGUUUACCCUGUUGCUAUCAAGUAUGACCCUCAGUUUGGUGAUGCCUUCUGGAAUAGCAGCAAGUAUGGGAUGGUGACAUACUUACUGAGAAUGAUGACCAGUUGGGCCAUUGUCUGCAGUGUUUGGUACCUGCCUCCUAUGACCAGAGAGAAAGAUGAAGAUGCUGUGCAGUUUGCCAACAGGGUGAAGUCUGCUAUUGCCCGGCAGGGAGGAUUGGUAGACCUUCUCUGGGAUGGUGGACUGAAGAGAGAAAAGGUGAAGGACACAUUCAAGGAGGAGCAGCAGAAACUGUAUAGCAAGAUGAUUGUCGGUAACCAUGAGGACCGGAGCCGGUCCUGAGCCUCUGUCUGGCACUGGUUGGAGCCACCACCUGUAAACCCUGACAAGUGAGCCAGCUGGAGUCGUUGCUGCCACAGCCUCUACCACCAUCCCCACCUCCCACUGCUGCACCCUUCCAGACUCUAACCCUCAGGCUGUUCUGGACUCCAGGACUCUUAAGCUGCUUCAGAGCCCCAUGGGCUACCAGCUGUCCUCUAAACAGAGUCCUGCUGGCUGAGGCUCCCCAGGACAAAACCUACCCCUUGUUCCUUUAUAGUAAGCCUCUAAGAGGAAUGCCAUUAAAGCAGCUGUGGUGUAUGCCAGCUGGUGGGAAGGCGGGCCCCAUUCUUGCCCUGAAAGAAUGUGGGGUGUUGCUGGGGAAGUCAGAAGAGCCACUGCCGAGGCAGGUGCCUAAACAGCCUCCAGCCUGGGAGCUCUUAGAUGGGACAAAAAGGAAACUGUCUACAUGAGUGUGUGUUUGAUUCAGCAGACGGAGUCAUAAGUUCUGUGUUCCUGCUUCAAAGAUCACCAGAGGAGAUAGGAAGACACCAGUGGGCCCCUGGCCAGUUGCUAGCCCCAGGAGUCCUUGAUUUAGACUCCAGGCUGAGCUGAGUCCCCCACAUGACUUGUCUGUUUACUGUGUCUCGCUUUCCCUAACUGUUACAUGGAAUUGCAAAGGGUGAUGAUAACCUACCUCACAGGGUUGUUGUGGGGGUUCCAGUGCUAGUCUAUGUGAAGGAAACUGAUGCUGGUCUCACAGGACAGCUCCAUAGGAUGUGAAAGGACAAGGUCAGAGCUCAUGGCUACUGCCCAGGAUUUUAACUUGUUUUGUGAGUAAAUAAAACUGGAUGGAAAUGAA